CUCAUAUCUGUACCUAAAAUGCCGACACGUUUUGCAGUCAAUUCAUAGAGUCUUCGAAAUUCGAGCACCUGGGGUGAGUUCCAUGGAGCAAGGCGGGAAUGACGACUUCAUCACGGAUGUUGGCUUGCUCCAAGCCCACGGGUUCAAUGUGGCCGGCAUCAAGAAACUGAAAAUGGCUGGGAUUUACACGGUUCGAGGCGUGCAAAUGAUCAAGAAGAAGCUAUGCGGGUCAGCCCCACCCCUGUCGCAGACUCUUUGGUUUGUCUUUCGGGAGUUUGGAAUUGGACAAACUCCUGGGACGAGGGUUGGAAUCCAUGUCGAUCAGAAAAGGUCUUUUAACUGGAUACGAAAAACACAUUUGGACUCGACCGCCCAUCGACUGAUUGCUGACCGGUUCAGUUUGGAUCAAGAAUCGGUCUUGGAUAAUGGCCUCUAUGCUGGAGCCUACUGUCUCGAGCAAGAAAUGGACUUCUGGAUUUCGCUGCGGCCAAGUUCCACGAAGAGAUAACUCUGGGUAUUCAAGCUUCUAAUCGUUGAUAGUGUCAGGGUAGAGCCUCAAGUCGUGGGGAGUUAGCGGAUCGACACAACAUUUGUCCCGAAUAAGUGAACAUCAAGGGAAAAUGGAUUUCGAGUAAGAAAACAAUAUCCAUAUUGAUUUGUUUUGAUGAUGUCACAGCUUCAGGAAAUAACGGAAGAAUAUGAUAUGCCGAGUUUAUCACGAACCAAAUGACGGCCCAUCCCCAGUCUGCUUUGUCAUUUCAAGGCAACCCCAAGAAACCCAUUGGGGGGACUAAAGGUUCUAAAAGGAGUGUCAUUAUUAGGGACAACUUAGAAUACAUGAUUCAAUAACAAGUGACACUUUGAGGAAAGUGAGGUGAAAGGUGAGUGCAGAAUUGCCAAGAUUUACAGCAGUCCAGAUUUGCCGAAGGGUGAGACAACGUCUGCUAUUAACAACGGGGGUAUUGGUGACCUCAAAGAUUGAAAAAUAACAAAUGCAAACAUUCCUCACAUGCCGAAUUGAUGGAAAGGACCUAGACUUACUUUUAUCCUGAUCCCCAAAGAAGAACAGCGAGCUCCUUCCUCUUCUUGAUACAAUCAUGCAAUGUUCUGAUAGAAAAAUAUGUUUCUAAUACCAAAUUAAAAAUUCACAUUAUAAUGACACAUUCUCAUUCAAACUUUGAAUUUCAAAGUGAAAAUGCUAGGAUCCUCUCCAAAUAAACAUCUUUCAUGUUUCAACCCCUAACUAACCCUCC